AACCCUAUACCCGCUUAGGGUGGGUUCGCGUCGCCUCCGAUUGAUUACCGCGGAUUAAUGCAGUUACCGGCAAAUUCUGUCCGAUUCAUGCCGAUUUGAAUCUGAAUCGGACUAGCCGAUUGGAUUACCGAUUACGAGUUUUGAAACCCUGCAAUAUGGGUUUAUGGGUGAGCACGUCAAUAGAACCUUCCGCCAACCAAAAACCCUUCGUCCUCAGGAGUCAGGAAUCAGGACCUCAGCCCAUCCCAACCCCUGAAGCUCAGUCUCCUCCACCUCCCGUUCCUCUCCUUGCCGUUGCAUCUCACCUCUGGUCGGCUCUGGUGUUGUCAUUCUUAGCAGCGAAGCGAACUCCCGGGCAUCACUUGAGCGUGCUUCUCCAACUCAACCACUAUACUCGAGUACUCGACAGCAAACUUCCCUUUCUUCUCUGAAAUCUCUCUUUUGCAUUGCUUGGAUCACAGUAUAGAGAAAACGAAACCAGAAUCAAAGAAAUUUCUGUUACUACAUUCAAACAGAUCAGAAUCGUCAAAAACCCAAUCAAUGGGUCUGUUCUGCUGGCCAAGAUGACCUACUGAAUAUGGACUCAAGCUGAUAAAAGAAAGUAGUUUUCUGAAGAAUCCUACUGGUAACACGCAACUGAGAAGGCCUAGUCCCUUCUAUCUUCUUAAUUCACUCCCUCCAACAUUCAAAUCACUGCUUAAUCAUGGCGGGCGGAAAGAUCAGGAAGGAGAAACCUUCCCGAGCUGCAACUCUGCAGGGAGGCAUUCCUUUCCACAAAUCAAAAGGACAGCAUAUCCUCAAGAACCCUCUCCUUGUUGACACGAUAGUUCAGAAAGCUGGAAUCAAGAGCACAGAUGUUAUCCUUGAGAUUGGUCCUGGUACGGGUAACCUCACAAAGAAGCUACUCGAGGCUGGUAAGUCAGUGAUCACUGUUGAAUUGGAUCCUCGCAUGGUUCUUGAAUUGCAGUGUCGCUUUCAAGGACCUGAUUCCAACAGAUUGAAGGUCAUCCAAGGAGAUGUGCUUAAGUGUGAUCUUCCCUACUUUGAUAUCUGUGUGGCAAACAUUCCUUACCAAAUUUCUUCCCCUCUCACUUUCAAGUUGUUGUCACAUCGACCAGCCUUCAGGUGUGCGGUCAUUAUGUUUCAAAAGGAAUUCGCCAUGAGACUUGUUGCUCAGCCUGGAGAUGAUCUUUACUGCCGCCUUUCAGUGAACACGCAACUCCUGGCCCAUGUUUCCCAUCUCCUUAAAGUGAGGAAAAACAACUUCCGUCCUCCACCUAAAGUAGAUUCUUCUGUUGUCAGAAUUGAGCCAAGGAAACCAUUUCCCCUGGUGAAUUUCAAGGAGUGGGAUGGAUUAAUCAGGCUUUGUUUCAACCGAAAGAAUAAAACUCUAGGUUCAAUUUUCAGGCGGAAGACUGUCCUCUCUUUGCUGGAAAAGAACUAUAAGACCUUACAGGCACUGCAACUCUCACAGAAAGGGUCUUCAGAGGAUACAGAUAUGGCUGAAGACGUGUCUGUAUUGGCACAUGCUAUUGAGGACCUUAAUUUGGACAUGGAGGAUGGAAGAGAUGAUGAGGACAUGGAGAUGGAGGGUGAUGAUGCCGGAGUGGAGGGGUCUGAUUUCAAAGAUAAGGUGUUGGGUGUGUUGAAACAAGGAGAUUUUGAGGAGAAGAGGUCUUCCAAGCUUACAAAAGUGGAUUUCCUAUACUUGCUUUCCUUGUUUAACAAGGCAGGCAUUCACUUCUCUUGAGUCAGGGGUCAAAUAGUUUUUCAUUAUUCUUUUAUUCUUUCUUUCAGAACCGUUGUUUAUAUUAUAACCAAUUUUGUUUCGUCUCCUUGCCUUCUUAACAAGAUAAGGGAAGACUCUGUUUUCUAUUCUCUUGUAAUGCAGUUUUGCUAUUGAGUAUGAAAUUUGAUGUCUUUGUUUGA